UUCACCAUGUUGGCCAGGCUAGUCUCAAACUCCUGGCCUCAAGUCAUCUGCCCGCCUCGGCCUCCCAAAGUGCUGGGAUUACAGGCGUGAGCCGCUACACCUGGCCCCAUGUUGUAUUGGAGAGAAGGGAGAGUGCGUGUGUGUGUCAAAUUGUAUUUUGGAGAGGAAAAUGUGUAUGUUGCAUUGUGUCUUUAAGAAGGGAGGGUGCGGGUGUGUGAGGUGUGUUUCUGAGGAGUGUGUUUGUGUGUCUGUGAGGACCCCAGGGUCACCACCAGCUAAGUUUCUGUGACUUUGUCACCCACAUACAACCACAUGAAGUCCCAUAGAGGGGGGGCCCCGCCCACGAUGAGCUGGGCUUCAGACUCUCAGCUGUCACAUGGCCAGUGUGACAUCCCUGGACCACACCUAUCACACGUGUGUCCCGACAGGCCCUGGGCUGGCUGAGCCUGUCUGAUGGAGGAGGGCAGAGCCCCUGUUCCCCCAGGGUCCAUCUGCUGCCUGGGAGCCAACACAUGGCCCCGUCCUCACUCCCCCCAGCCUAGAGGCCUCUUGGGCUUCCACGGGCCCUGGCCCCUCAGCCCUCUCCUCCCACCCCACCCACCCCCAGUGGUCUGACUGGUUCCCAACAAAAACACCCUAAGAAUGAGCUCACGCAGAGGCUGCCGCCUCCACACGCCCCGCCCCACUCGUCUGGCAGAGGAGGGUGCCUCUGGUCCCAGGUCGGGAGCUCUGGGCCAGGGGAUCCAGGGGCCUUGGGGUGGGGAAGGCUGGCCAGGUGAGCUGAGAGCAAAUGGGGGAGCCCAGGCUAGCUGUUUGCCUUCUCUUGGUUAAUUACACAUAGGAUUUGGGAACUGUCCUCCGGGCAGAACCCUGGGUUGGGAGGACAGACGAAGGUAGACUAGACUGUUCCAGAUGAGAGCUGGCUGGGAUGGGUGUGGAGACUGGGAUGGAGAGGGUGUGGAGGCAGAGGGCUGGCCAGGAUGGGUGGAGCAGGGAAGAGCCAAGAUGGGGAGAAGUUAGGGGUCCUGAUGGCCAUUAUGGGAAUAGAGGGUGGGGGCCAACUGACUGGCCUGGGCAAUGAUUUCCCAAACCCCUCACCAUUGCACCCCAGGAGCAGCAAUGUCUGUGCAGGUGGCAGCUCCCGGAAGUGCGGGGCUGGGCCCAGAGCGCCUGAGCCCUGAGGAGCUGGUACGGCAGACACGGCAAGUGGUCCAGGGGCUAGAGGCGCUGCGGGCAGAGCACCGUGGCCUGGCUGGGCACCUGGCAGAGGCCCUGGCGGGACAGGGCCCAGCGACUGGCUUGGAGAUGCUGGAGGAAAAGCAGCAGGUGGUGAGCCACUCGCUGGAGGCCAUCGAGCUGGGGCUGGGCGAGGCCCAGGUGCUGCUGGCCUUGUCUGCACAUGUGGGUGCACUGGAGGCAGAGAAGCAGCGGCUGCGAUCGCAGGCCCGGCGGCUGGCCCAGGAGAACGUGUGGCUGCGGGAGGAACUGGAGGAGACACAGCGGCGGCUUCGGGCCAGCGAGGAGGCCGUGGCCCAGUUAGAGGAGGAAAAGCGCCACCUGGAGUUCCUGGGGCAGCUGCGACAGUACGACCCGCCCACAGAGACCCAGCAGUCUGAGUCCCCGCCUCGCCGAGAUAGCCUGGCCUCCUUGUUCCCCAGCGAGGAGGAGGAGAGGAAAGGUCCUGAGGCCGCAGGAGCAGCAGCAGCUCAGCAGGGUGGCUAUGAGAUCCCUGCCCGCCUUCGGACCCUGCAUAACCUUGUGAUCCAGUAUGCGGGGCAGGGCCGGUAUGAGGUGGCGGUACCCCUGUGCCGCCAGGCCUUGGAGGACCUGGAGCGCAGCUCGGGCCACUGCCACCCUGACGUGGCCACCAUGCUCAACAUCCUGGCGCUGGUGUACCGGGACCAGAACAAGUACAAAGAAGCCACAGACCUCCUCCAUGAUGCCCUGCAGAUCCGGGAGCAGACGCUGGGCCCUGAGCACCCUGCGGUGGCUGCCACGCUCAACAACUUGGCUGUCCUCUAUGGGAAGCGCGGGCGCUACCGGGAGGCAGAGCCCCUGUGCCAGCGCGCUUUGGAGAUCCGAGAGAAGGUCCUGGGUGCUGACCACCCCGAUGUGGCCAAGCAGCUCAACAACCUGGCCCUGCUGUGCCAGAACCAGGGCAAGUUUGAGGACGUGGAGCGGCACUACGCCCGGGCCCUGAGCAUCUAUGAGACCCUGGGCGGGCCCCAGGACCCCAACGUGGCCAAGACCAAGAACAACCUGGCCUCAGCCUACCUGAAACAGAACAAGUACCAACAAGCGGAAGAGCUGUAUAAAGAAAUCCUCCACAAGGAGAAUCUACCUGCCCCUCUCGGUGCCCCCAACACAGGCACAGCUGGUGACACAGAACAGGCCCUUCGCCGCAGCAGCUCCCUCUCUAAGAUCCGCGAGUCUAUCCGGCGAGGAAGUGAGAAGCUGGUCUCCCGCCUCCGAGGCGAAGGGGCGGCGGGGGCGGCCGGAAUGAAGAGAGCUAUGUCACUCAACAUACUGAAUGUGGAUGGCCCAAGGGCUCCUGGGACUCAGGUGAGGGGACCCUGGGGUCAAAAAUGGAGUGGGGCCACGUGGGUAGGUGCAGAGAUAAGGCAAAAGCAGGGUGGUCGGGCCGGCGUCAGAUUCAGCAGGUGGAGGUUGGUGUUAGAAUAGACCCAGGACAGGAGCAAAGAUGGGUUUUACUUGGGGUAGAGGUGAGAUGGGUAGAUGAUUGGCUGCCAGGCUGGACACAGCACCUGCCCCUCACCUCCCCUCCAACCAUCCCCUGUGCCUGUCUCCAGUUCCCCAGCUGGCACCUGGACAAGGCCCCUCGGACCCUCAGCGCCAGCACCCAGGACCUGAGCCCCCGCUAACAUCCAGUGACCUGUGUUGGCCUCAGCUUCUCGGGAACAGUGCGGGAGGGAUGGGCUGGUGGGGGGCGAGGGGAGGUCUAUCAUCUCUUAGGUGCCCCCUGCCCUCUUCUGCGAUUAAAGGCCGUGGAUGUGACAGUGA